CCUGGGCCCUUGGUGGUGUCCUGGCGGUGGGGGUCCCGCUUGCCUGGGCCCUGGGCUGUGCAAAGGGAGCCACGAGCCAGGGCUUGAGGCCAAAGCGGAUGGAGAGGGAAGGGCUCCCCGAGCCUGGCGUUCGGGCGUCGUUGUCCUUCCUUUUGCAGGGAGAGGGGGAGAGGUUGGCGCCGACCACAAGCCGGAACCUGCUGGCUCUGCCGCUGGUCGGUCGUGUCGGGGGAGGAAGUUGCUGCCCCUCGGUGUCCCUGAGUCUCGGUUUCCCCUCCAACAAUCAGUACGUUUCCCGCUGGGGCCGAGUGCCUGGCGCGGCGCUGGCGCUCUCCUGACUCAGUUUCCCCUUUUGUAAAAUCUGACAGCCCGCUCAACUCCGCUGAACACCUUUGGGAUCCGACGUGCGUUACUGAAAGCCCAGGACGGGGAAACUGGGUCCGGAGAGCGAAACUUUACCCGGCCCCUGGACUGGUCAACGUGGGGGAUUCGGUAGAACAAGACCCGGGGCUGCCCGCGGGAGGAAGCCGCUCUGUUUCCAGUCCAUCUGACCAACUGAGGAGAUCAUCAGAAAGGCUGGGACACCAACGGAUGACGCAGGAAUGGAGGAAUUUUCAGGCAUGGUGAAAGCAAGUGGGAGGGAAAACACUGAAGUGUAAUAUUCCAGAGUUCUGCUCUCUUGCCUGCUCUGACUCCAGCCAGCUGCCCUGCACCUAGAGGAACAGGAGGCCCUUCUCCGGGGCAUUGCACGCCCUGGGAACCAAAUGAGGUGGCCCUGGAACCUGGAACCCUCUCCUGGGGUCUGGAUAGGGAACCCUUUCUACUAUCAUUUUUCUGGUGAACCACGAAGGGACAAUACCAGAGAAACCACCGACCCAGAGGAAACAGACCACAGCACCGAUUGUCCGACCUUGGUUGGGCGGCAUCUUACAAAAUUCAGAGGCUUUUGCCUGUGGUUCCAUGAAAUGGAAAAGACGAUUGUCUUUUGUAAUGUGGCUUGGCCCCCAUAGCAAUGGCACAGCAAGCAGGGCCAUCAAAGCCACACAGAGAAAGGGAACCCAGAAGGCUGGCGAGCUGGCAAAGGGUAAGAAUUUCGUAUCAGUCAGGCUUCUGGCCUCCCUCUCUUUGUGCAAACUGGUUGAAUAAAUGAUAUAAAGUCACUGUCUGUCUCUCCUGCGGGGAAUUUGAGGAAUAAGCAAAAAGGUGGCUGGGCACGGUGGCUCACACCUGUAAUCCCAGCACGUUGAGAGGCCGGGGCAGGUGGAUCAUGAGGUCAUGAGUUCAAGAACAGCCUGGCCAACAUGGUGAAACCCUGUCUCUACUAAAAAAAAAAAAAAAUUAGGCAUGUAAUCCCAGCUACUUGGGAGGCUGAGGCAGGAGAAUUGCUUGAACUGGAACCUGGGAGGCAGAGGCUGCAGUGAGCCAAGAUCACACCACUGCACUCCAGCCGGGGCUACAGGGCAAGACUGUCUCAAAAAUAAAUACAUAAACAAAAAUAAAAACAAAAAGGAUUUGUGGGGGCUAGUCUUAAGCUUUAGAGAAUCUGUUUUACUUUGUGCUAUGAAUUUAUCUUUCUGUGUCAAUCUGCCCUAAAAAGAGGUAUGGUAGGAUAGAAUGUGGGCCUAGGACCCCUAUAAGCCUAUUAUUCAAGUUGGCCCAGCAAACUUGUCAAUUACAAACUUUGUGGCAGGUCCCUGAAAUAAAAACUACAUGAGGUUUCUGUCUUGUUUGUUUUAUGUCCUUGGGAGUUUAACCUUGUGACCAUGUGGGAGUUCUUUCUCUUAGUCUCCAUCAUCCAGAGGACAGGAAGCUGGAGGUUCACGUGAUAGCCGUAAAAAUUAUCCUGAGCCGUUGACAGCCUUUGCAAGCUUGAAAUUGGCUUCUCUAGUUUCCUUCCAGGAAAAACAACAAAAGCUAUCCAGUUCUGUGGCUCAGUAGCUAAGGCUUUGUCUUUUCACAGUGGGGUCCCAGGUUCAAUUCUCACCUUAGGGAAUGCGUCCUUUCUGGUUUAAUAUCUAUGUGACCUUUGCCAUUUGUUGAUUCUCUUCCCCUCCAUAAACAGCUUCUGACUUCUAAUUUGAAUUUUCUUUCUCUGAGCUAUCUUUGGCAAGUCUAGAUCUGGUAAAAACUGUUUAUCACCUCUUUGAAAAUACCUCAUAUACCUGGGUUAAGUCAUAAACUUAGUUAAAGCUUAUUGGUUUCACCUGGGAGGCUACUGUUUGUGACGUUCAGAAGCCAGAAAUAUUGGCUGUUUGUCCUGGCUGGAGUCUGGUAACAAUAUUUGGUUAGAAGUCAGCUUAAUUAAAAAUGGAUAUCCAAGCUAUACAUACAUUGAAAAGGCCUUUAUGGUUUUUUUUCUCUUCUUGGAUCUAAUUUUUCUGAAAAAAGUUUUUCUCUUCAGUCAACUGAAUUGUUUUCUCCAUUUUGUUUUCUUGCCACUCUUGAUGCCCCACCUGAGAAGACCUCAGAUGAAUUUUAAUAGCCUGGGACUCCUCGGGAAAAACAGGAGGUGCCACAGACCCCAUUUUGGGAGACACCUCUAUUUUCCUCAUGGACCCCCAGGAACUGAAAGCAGAUAGACCCCUCUCAAAAUCUAAGGCUCUGUUCUGUUUCGCAUUGUGUUAUCUGACAGUUUUGACUUUUGGAGAUACCAGAAAUCAGUUUGCAUUGUAAAAGAGCUUUUAGUCUUGCUGUGUAAUAACUAGGUGGGAAAUACAGUUUUAGGGAUGGCUAAUGGCAGUUAUGGGGGGAUACUUGGCUCUUUGCACAUUUGGAUCAGAAAAGCAUGCUCUUGGCCACCUAGAAGGUAUGGAAGCUCCCCAGCCUCCAUUGAGAGAGAAGACUCCCAUAGGGGAUGGGCUGAUUCCCUCUCUUUGGGACCCAGGAUCCAAUAUAAAAAUGGGACUCUAAUUUUGGGCAUCUGUUUUGCCUUCAGCUGCGCCUACUUAAUAGGCCUUAGAAACUGCAGGGUUUCCUGGCCCUGUUCUUUAAAGGGCUCCACCCUGAAGUCAGUAAUCCAAUUAAGAAACUUAAAAACUGGCAAAUGAAAAAUCUUACAACUACUGGAUCUUCUGUCUGUGUAUUUAUAUGUGUUGUGUGUGUGAUGUUGAUAUAUGAAAGAGCUCUGAUUAAUUGGCUUAUAAAUAAUAAGUGCUUAAACCAAAUAUUUUAUCAGAAAAAACAGAAACAGUAACACCUUUUGGUUCACAUGACUUCAAUAAUCUUUGGGAAAUAAAGACAGUUUUAAAGAUUACUUGUAAAAUUAAAAUAUCUUCAAAAUUUAGACAUUUGGUCUAAAUUAGGCAGGUCAGAUACUAGGUAUGCUAAAUGCUUCAAGGUCAUAAACUGCAUCAUUGACUUUUGAAAUUGUCCAGCUUACCUGCUUUGGGGUCAUUAGAUUCUAGAUAAGGCCUGAGCCUUGUCGAGUUAGCCACGCCCCCAGCUGUGCUGGAAAGAGUCAGACCUUAUCUGCCCUUCUGCCUGGUGUCCUAGGCUCCACACUUGGAACAUAAUUAAAAUGGCUUACUUACCAGGUUUUUCAUCAAAAAUAAAAGUUGCUAAGAGUUAACAUUGUAACAUAUGUAAUUGAGACUACUGGACAGACAGUUAUAUAUGCAAGGUGUGUAAGGGAAGUAGAAUGUACUUUUGGUAAGAUUAUAAGAAAGCAUGAGAAUGUAGAUGUUUCCCCCACUUUAGAGGGUUAAAGGAUUGUUUUAAGUUAGGUAGGAUAAAGCUGAAGGUUUGAGCAAGUUGUGGAAGGUUUGUGAAAGAUUAAUCUUGUAAAAGAAAUUCUGUGUGAAUCUAUUGGCUAAUGUUAAAGGGAUACUAUUCAGUUUUUUCAUAAAUUAAAUAUGGAAUAAAAGUAUAUGGGGUUUUCUUAGAGCACUGGUAUACUCUUUAACAAGAAAAUUGUAAAGGGCUAUAAAAGGUUUAUGAGGAUCUUACUUCAUGGUCAAACAUUAAAAUUGGAUAGAGUUGUCCGUAAGGCUUUAUUAUGAAUUGAGUUUGACAUUAAUAGCACACAAAUGCAAAGGUAAAAUUUGACUUUCUCUCUUGAACAAGAUUUUCAUGUGUUGCUGAAAAAUAAUUAAAGAUUUUUGUUUGCCUUUUGAAUAAGCUAUAGAAAAAAGAAGAAAAAGGAAAGAGACAGGUUUUUUUUUUGGGGGGGUGCGGGGGUGGUGGGGAAGCUAAGUAUUCCUUUCCUCCCAAAAAAGGAAGACUUUCUUCCCAAAAAAAGAAAGAGAAGAAAAACAGUGAGUAAAAGUUUUUGCCUUUAAAAACAUAUUUGAGAUGUUUUGGCCAAAUAUAUAACUUAUGGUGACCUGGGAUGCUAUUUUAUAGUAUCAAAUGUUUAAAAUUUUUGAUAUUUGACAAACUUUUCAAAAUCAAGUUCUAAGUUAUGCCUUUUUCUAACCUGAUUAGUCCUUUAGAUAUUAGGCCCCCUUAAGUCCAAAGAUGACGUAUUUGGCUUAUUUGGUACCUUAAAAUGAUACAGGAAACAUUGUCAAGUAUGAAAUUGUGUUUGGCUUUCUUUGGGCUGUAUUUGUAUGUAACUAUAUUAUUGUUAUGUGUUCCAAAAUUAUGGGAAACUCCUGUAAUUCUGAUAUGACUUAAUGUACAUUAUUAAUAAUAAUUAUAAUUGUUAAGUUAUUGUGUGCCACAGAGGUAUCCAAAUUUCCUACUCAAUGAUAUUAAUUUCUUUAACCAUGGCUGCCCUAAGCGUUUUUGUCAUCCAUAGACAAUUGUCUUUUCAUUAUCUUUUUUUUCCUCUUAAAUAAGGGGUUUAUAAUCAGCUGUAGGACUUUAAUGAGCACUUUUAAAUGCAGGGAGAAAGAAAACAACAUCCAAGACUCUCUGGGAAAACUAACACAUAUAUAUCAAACAAAACAGGAAUUAAUUGCAUAGACUGAACUAAUAAAAGACUGAAGUAAUCUUGUAUGACUUUUUGCUUGAAAUGUUGAUCUUUCUGUUUUGUUUUUCACAGUCAAGAAACCCCCUCUUUUUGAGCUAUUUUCAGCUUUUAAUUGUUGAAUAAAGUAUGCUCCUAUAAGGAGUAUAAAACAAGGUUUUUGUCCAAAAACAAAAUUGAGAAUAUUUUUUUUUCUCUCUACCUGAUUUCUCCAGAAUUUGGAAACUAUUUGUGAGUGUUCUUAACUUAUGGCAAUAUUGUUAUUUGCAUUAGUGCAGUAAGAAUCUGUUUUUCUUCUCUCUGUCUCUCUCUCUCUUUUCUUUCUUUUUGUAACAGAACACAAUUGGAGAAACUGGUUGUUUUACAAGGGUUUGACUGGAAUGGCAUACUUUCAAAUAUGAACAGACUGCUUUAAGGAAUGAAAGUGGACUAACAGAGCCAAUAAAAUUCCUUGGAAAAACUGGUCUCAUACCUUGUGUAUGAAGUCCCUGCACAUGGUUCCUGACCUGUAGUCACCAUGGGGACAGCCGCCCUGCGUCCCCUCUCGGCAGUGCUCCUGCUCUUUCUCCUGAUGUGUGAGGUCUCUGCGGUGGAGCUCACCUUAGACGGAGCUGUGGCCAGCGGCUGCCGACGGUGCUGUGACCCUGAGGACCCCCUGGUGCCUGACCAUGUGUCCGCUGCCUCUUCCUCCAUCCUCCCGCACACCCUGCCUGAGGUCAGGCCCUACAUUAACAUCACCAUCCUGAAGGGUGACAAAGGGGACCCAGGCCCAAAGGGUAUCCCAGGAUCCAGGGGCAUGGAUGGUCCUCAAGGAGAGCCUGGCCCGCAGGGCAGCAAGGGCGACAAGGGGGAGAUGGGCAGCCCCGGCCCCCCUUGCCAGAAGCACUUCUUCGCCUUCUCGGUGGGCCGCAAGGAGGCCCUGCACAGCGGCGAGGACUUCAAGACGCUGCUCUUCGAAAAGGUCUUCGUGAACCUCGAUGGGUGCUUCGACAUGAGUGCCGGCCACUUCGCCGCUCCCCUGCGUGGCAUCUAUUUCUUCAGCCUCAACGUGCACAGCUGGAACUACAAGGACACGUACGUGCACAUCAUGCACAAUGAGAAGGAGGUCGUGGUCCUGUACGCGCAGCCCAACGCCCGUAGCAUCAUGCAGAGCCAGAGCGUGAUGCUGGAUCUGGCCUCUGGGGACCGAGUCUGGGUGCGGCUCUUCAAGAGCCAGCGCGAGAAUGCCAUCUACAGCAACAACUUUGACACCUACAUCACCUUCAGUGGCCACCUCAUCAAGGCCGGGGACGACUGAGGGCCUCCGUCUGGGCCAUCCUCCCAGCAGGAGAGCUCAGGGGCUGGCCCCAUCCCCUGCCAAGGUUGGUUUGCAUCUUGGUGAAGCCGGAAGGCCAGGGAGGUCCCCGGGGACCUGGCAUUCUGGAGAGCCCUGCUUCUUUCUUGGCUGCUGCCGUCCCUCCCAGACUAUUUCUGCUCCUCUCUUCUCUCUUGGACCUAUUUUAAGAAACUUUCUAACCUAAUUAUUCUAGAACUUUUCCAGCCUCGUAGCCCAGCACUUCUCAAACUUGGAUGUGCACUGGGGUUCGUGUGAAAUGCGGAUUGUGACUCAGUCGGUCUGAGUGGGUCCAGGAUUCUGCGUUGCUAACACAUUCCUGGGUGAUGCUGUGCUAUCUAUCAGUCUGUGAACCACACUGGAGCAACCAGGUUCUAAAACUUUCUCAAUAUUCUGAACAUUCUAGAAUCCUCCACACAUUCUAGAAUAUUCCCAACUUUUUUUUUUUUUUUUUUUGGAGACAGGGUCUCGCUCUAUUGCCCAGGCUCGAGUGCAGUGGUGUGAUCUGGGCUCACUUCAACCUCUGCCUCCUGGGUUCAAGCGAUUCUCCUGCCUCAGCCUCCCUAGUAGCUGGGAUUACAGGCGCCCGCUAACACGCCUGGAUAAUUUUUGUAUUUUUAGUGGAGAAGGGAUUUUAUCUUGUUGGCCAGGCUGGUCUCAAACUCCUGACCUCAGGUGAUCCACCUGCCUCAGCCCCCCAAAGUGCUGGGAUUACAGGUGUGAGCCAUCUCUCCCAUUUUUAAAUCCUCUCAUCCCUCCAGGGCUCCCUGUGCUAUGUUCUCUUUGCCCCUUCCCCCUCUUCUCUUGCUCACACCUGCACUGCCACAGCCACCAUUCAUUUAUUCACUCAUCAAACACUGAGCACUCACUCUGUGCCGGGUCCCAGGAAGGGUGAGAGAGUCAGACACAGGCCCUGCACCUGCCUCAGUGACCGGCCAGUCCAGCCCAGGUAGGGAGGGAUGUGUAUGCAGGUUUUGAAGCAGAUCCACAGCUCACACGGGUCUGUUCUGGGUGUUCACGUGCUGCUGGUCCUCCAUAACCCACUGCUCCCCAAGGCAGGCAGGACGGGGUCCCAGUGGCAGGGGCAGGUGCCCCCCGCCAUGUUCCUCAUCCACCUGCUCAAUGUCCAUUGUUAAAGCAAACCCCGGGGGCCUUCUCCAGGUCAAGGAUUGUGAGUAGAGGACUCAGGAGUGUGGGGGCUUUUGGGGGUGAAGGGGCCCCUGAGGAAUGGAGCCCACACCCAUAGCUCCCCCGACAGUUGAUAUGGCAGCCUGUGAGGAAACCUGCCCUUCUCACUGAGAUCCCCUUCCUGCCUCCUCCCAGGGAUCUGCCAGGGCCUUGCUCCCCUCCUUCCACCAAAGGCAUCUGAGCCUCAGUUUCCCCAGGACCUCCAGCUGCCCUCAGACGCUGAUGUCUGUCCCCAGGUGCUCUCUGCCCCUCCUUCCCCUCUCACUGGCCCAGUGCCCUGACUCUGUAGGCUUUAUCAAGGUGCUAAGGCCCCAGUGGACAGCUGCUCACCUCAGAGCCCUCCCCCGGCCUGGUGCUACCGCUACAAAUACCUGCAGGGGAAGGGCCAGGGCGGAAGCCCCAGGCUUUGGAGCCUUCAGCAGGUCUGGGGAGCUGAAGCAGUCUAUAUUCCGUUCACUGGGAGAGGCUGAGGCAGAGGAGGGACCUCGGGCCUUCUGUUUCUUCUCUCAGGGUGGGGUGGCCCUUCCAAACCCAGGUGGGCUGCUCUUCUCCCUAGAGGGAGGCAGCCUCUGCCCAUUGGUGCUCAUGCGGACUCUGGGGCCGAGGUGCCCGGGCCGGGGGUGGGAGGGUGGUCUCUGGUGCUCACAGCCAAGGGAGGUGUAGCUCCAUGGCCAGAUGACAGAAACAGCCUGACAAAUGCCAGGAAAACUGGUGCUAUCGACCACCGCGUCUGACCUUGCCCUGUCCUUCUGUCCAGCAUGAUUAAACAAUGCUGUCUCCUC